AUGCAUCGUGCUGCUGUCAGGGUGCUCCGGACAAGUCACCACUCCAGCGUCCGAAACGCAGUGCGCACCGCCCGCCGCAGCCACCUCCACUACUUCACAAGCAACGCUCGCCUGCACCACAGCUCCGCCGAUGUGCCUCUGAGGUCGUCCAUGUACGUCCGUCGUCUGCCCGUUGCGCUGGCCUCCGGUCUGGUCCUGGGAUACGGCGCCUGGUACUACAACGGCGUCGACAUUCUGUCCGGGAGCCAGGCUGUCACGCGAGCCUUCACGUCUACGCAGGGAGCGGCCGAUGCUGUGCCGACGCGCACCGUCUUGGUUGUCGGAGCCGACGAGCUGACACAGGGAACCAUUGUGGGCGAGGGACCCCUCUACAAAUCUGCCACCGAGGACGGCCGUAGGAUAGUGGAAAUGUUGACGCCGGAGCAAGCUACGGCGAAGCUGCGUAGGCAGGAAGAGUCGUUUUGGGUCAAUCGGGGCCAAGGCGUUACGCGAUACGACCUGGUCCAGCUGGGAAGCAAUGAUCCAAUUGAGGACGAUCACGCCGAGAAAAUUGUCGAAGUACCAAAUCGAGCAGCUACCGAGGAGGAAGAAGUGAGCAGCAGCGACUGGAUGUUCUGGGGAGUUUUCGAUGGUCACUCGGGCUGGACGACAUCUGCAACUUUGCGUGAAAGCCUUAUCAGCUACGUUGCUCGAGAAUUGAACAGCACUUACAAAGCCGCCAGUAACAAUGCACCGCCCCCCGAAGCCAUUGACUCAGCCAUCAAGGCCGGCUUCACCCGUCUAGACAACGAGAUUGUGCAUAAAAGCGUCGAAAAGGUCUUCAAGGCAAGCUCUAAAGCUAUGGCUGCCGAGAUUCUGCAACCUGCCUUGUCCGGCUCUUGCGCUUUGCUGACCUUUUACGACAGUCGGAGUGAACUUUUGCGUGUGGCAUGCACAGGCGACUCUCGCGCCGUCCUGGGACGUCGAUCAAAAUCUGGCAAAUGGAUAGCCACGGCUCUCUCAGAGGAUCAGACAGGAAAUAAUCCUACUGAAGUUGCUCGCAUGAGGAUGCAACACCCUGGUGAAGAGCAUGUUAUCAGAAACGGCCGUGUCCUGGGUGGCCUAGAGCCAACUCGUGCUUUUGGAGAUGCAGUCUAUAAGUGGAGCCGUGAUGUUGCUGGAAGGCUUCGCGAGAACUUCUUUGGUCGAAGCCCCUCUCCUUUAUUAAAAACUCCUCCUUACGUUACGGCGGAGCCCGUUGUCACUACGACCAAGAUCGAGCCAGAGAACGGCGACUUUGUUGUCCUUGCUACGGAUGGACUGUGGGAAAUGUUGACAAAUGAAGAGGUUGUAGGUCUUGUCGGCCAAUGGAUCGAGACGCAGAAGUCGGGAAAGUCAAGCUCGCAAUUUGACAGAGCCUGGUCGAAGGUCUUUGGAUCCCAGAACAAACCGCUCCCCGUAGAGCAGGGCAGGGGUGCGGCCGGUUUUGAUGGGAAGACGCCGAUUCGCCUUCAGCAAUGGGGAAUCGACCCUGACGCAAGAGACCGGUUUGUCGUCAGAGACAAGAAUGCCGCGACUCAUCUUGUUCGCAAUGCACUUGGCGGAACAAAUGAUGAGCAAGUCUGCGCCCUUCUAACUCUACCAUCGCCCUUUUCAAGACGAUACCGGGAUGACUUGACUGUCCAGGUCAUCUUCUUUGGCCACGCUGAUAAAACAAGCGAAAAGACCGGUGAUGUCACAAUCAACUUAGAUGCUACGACAGACCAAGACCCAAGAGCCAGGCUUUAG